GGUAGACAGGAACAACAGCAUGGAGCUGCUUAUCAGAGGAACCAGGCCGGUAUUGCAAGGUAUUCGUGCAUUGUCGCAGAUAAGGAAGCUUCAUGGCAGUAAUCCAACGCUAUUACCUCUUAUCCCUAUUGUGGUGGAGCAGACGGGUCGUGGGGAGAGAGCAUAUGACAUCUACUCAAGACUGUUGAGAGAGCGAAUUAUCUGUGUUAUGGGACCGAUUGAUGAUUCUCUUUCUAGUGUUGUGAUUGCUCAACUUCUGUUCCUGCAGUCAGAGAGCAAUAAGAAACCCAUUCACAUGUACAUCAACAGCCCAGGGGGCUCUGUGACAUCUGGCCUUGCUAUAUAUGACACCAUGCAAUACAUACUGAACCCCAUCUGUACGUGGUGUGUGGGACAGGCCGCCAGUAUGGGUUCCCUCCUUCUUGCAGCUGGAUCCCCUGGCAUGAGGCACUCGCUUCCAAAUUCCCGCAUCAUGGUACACCAGCCCUCAGGAGGUGCCAGGGGUCAAGCUACAGACAUCGCUAUUCAAGCUGAGGAAAUCUUGACUCUAAAGAAACAAAUUAAUGGACUUUAUGCUAAACACACACGGCAACCGCUGUCUUUGAUAGAAUCUGUGAUGGAGCGUGAUCGCUAUAUGAGUCCAACAGAAGCCCAGGAAUUCGGACUCCUAGAUAAAGUCCUGGUGCACCCCCCACAGGAUGGAGAUGAUGAGCCGGAGCUAGUUAGAAAGCAGGACUCACAGCCGCUGCCAACUGAGCCAUAGUGCAGCCACAGAGGCUGAUCAUGUUAAAUCAUUCACUCAGCAAACUCCUCCUGAGGAAGCAUAUUUAUGGAGCUGCCAGGCAGCGCAUUCAUUUCCCACAGAGUAAAGGGUUAAUAGUCCUCUUACUUCCUGAACUGGAAGCACACAGGGAAGUAUACUGUCAUCAAAGGCACAGAGCAAUGUAAACAUUUUUACUUCCCGUGCUUUUAUUGCUUCAUUUAAGAACUUGUGUUCAUAGCUGUACACCAUUUGGGACAUAUUUCGUUUUCUUACCAGAAGCGGUUUAGAUCUUUUAAAGACUUUUGUAUUACUGGUAUCUAGGUGGUCAUGAGAAAUUAGAUCUUCUUUCUCCGAAGAGAUUAACAAGAAAUAUAUUCUGUUUUACGAUCGUA